CACCUCCUUCGACAGCCUCAGAAUCCUCACCCACGCCGUCGCAAAUCCCCUGCACCCUUGUCAAAGUUACUUUCAAUAGACGUUGCGUCGGUUCUUGACCUCUACCGACGUGACAGUCUUUGCUACAGACGGUCUCCUUACUUGUCGCUCGCCUACACCCCAUGAACGGCCACCGCGUGUCCUAGUCGACUCCCACCGUCGACCUCCCCGCUUGCCCUGCGCAGUAGCCAUGUCGAGCAACAGAUUGCAGCUGGUAUAUUGGAAUCGGUAGUCAAAUGUCCCACGAUGCUCACAUCACCGCGCGCCAGUUAUGGGGCCAAUUGAGCAGCACCCGCUCUGUGCCUCCUACGGGCACUUCGGCAUGGUGCACGCCUCUGAUUCUACCCAGUGGAGGCGUGCUCGUGUUCGGGAACGACUCAACCACUACCUUGAGCGCCCAAGUCACCUACAAGCAGCCUUGCAAUAAUCCUGACCAGAUCAUCAGCCCGGAUACGACCGGCAACUCCUCUGUCAUCGGCUUUCAGAAUCCUUUCUAUGCCUCCAUCUCUCCUCAAGUCUUUGCCCUCGCUACAGCCACUGUCAUCAGCUAUGUUCUCGUCAUUCUCAUCUUCAUCACCCCGAGGACGUUCUACGUCGGCGGUCCUGGUGGCGGGCCUGGAUUUUUGGGUCGGCGAGGUGCCAUUGGAGGAUCAUAUGGUUCGUCGCCCAUUGUCGGUGUUGGGCGCAGGCCUCUUCUUCAAAAAAUUGCCACGGUGACGGUGGCCAUAUCUUUGACAAUCGCGACCGCCGAUACCUUUCGAGUUGCCGAAGAUCAGUACAACAAGGGCUACAUGGAUUCAUCGCAAUUGGUCGACGAUGUUGUAGACAGUCUCGAAAUUCGCAUCGUUCGCAUCGUAUCGGACACCUUUUUGUGGCUAGCACAGGUACAGACACUUAUUCGGUUAUUUCCCCGACACAAGGAGAAAGUGGCCAUCAAAUGGCUUGGAUUUGUGAUGGUAUCUCUAGACACCAUUUUCAGUAUUCUCGACUCUUUCGUCAGUGGAAGUGGAAAUCCACGGACUAGGCCUCGCAAAUUCCAGGACGCCAUCCCAGCCCUCAAUUACCUGUUCGAAUUAGCAAUCUCUCUCAUUUACGCCUCGUGCGUCAUCUACUAUUGUUUAUCGAAACGCCGCUUCGCCUUCUGGCAUCCGAAAAUGAAGAACAUCUGUCUGGUGGCUGUGAUAUCACUUGUGUCUGUGGUGAUUCCUGUGGUCUUCUUCGUGUUGGACAUUUCCCAGCCUAACUUGGCUGGUUGGGGUGAGUAUAUCCGCUGGGUGGGUGCCGCCGCGGCAAGUGUUGUCGUUUGGGAGUGGGUGGAACGGAUCGAGUCUCUGGAGCGCGAUGAAAGAAAAGAUGGAAUUUUGGGUCGAGAGAUAUUUGACGGAGAUGAAAUGCUAAACAUGACACCUUCGGAAGAUGCGAGCUGGCGAGGUCGCGACGGUAACGAUGGCUCGGAUGGAGGUCUCCAUAAAGGUGUGGUGGAAACUUUUGGCUCUCGAUACAGGCGUAUUCGUAGCCGUCUUCCGCUACGAAAGAGGCGCAAGGCAGCACCACCAGAUGGUAUCACCACAGGAUCUGAUGCGCUCGACUCGAACCACCGGAUGGCAAAUAACGGCCAAGUGAUACAAUCAGAACAAGCAAUCACCCCUCCCAGCAGAAGCGAUACUGGAAGUGCUGCCAGCACGGUCUACGCAAUUCGGUACCACAACUUGACCAGCCCUUCGCCGAACUACCACCAGAAUCUGUCAGAGCCCCCGCAGACGGUCGCUGUGCCUGAGGUGGCCAGAGUCGAAACCCGACAAUCAGAUUCAGAUUCUGGGCCUGCUUCGGCGGACAAGGAGAUCGUCCUGGAGUCGGCCGUUUCCAAAGAUGAGCCGACGGGACGACACAUUUGGCAGGCAAUGCCCAACCCCUUCAAACGAAGGAGAGCUGAACCGCCCGCAGAGGUUGCUGACGCUCAAAUCGCGAGCGGGUUACGCAGGUCACCGAUAGAUCGCCAUAUCAAUUUAAGGAGUCGACUAGGGGCAUUUGCAACAGCUCAAAGGGAUCGUUUCGGCAACCGAGGAAAUGCUCCUGUCGUACCUCUCCCCGUGACUCUCAUUCCAGCACCGAAGAAUAACGACCGGACUUGGUCGCCUGACGACAUAGCUGACGAUAUACCUGGCGAUGGUGCUAUCCCUCCGGCUAAUAUGGGCACCCCGGGGCUGCAGAAUGCUCAAUUCCAGCAGUCUUCUCAGAACCAAGAUCUUCAGCAUAUGGUUGUCAUUCCCGCCCCGUCCCCGGGCCGUACGUGGUCUCCCGACGAUAUGCAGGAAACACCAGGCCAUCCCGCUGAUUCCAGCUUCAGGCGCCCUGACUCUGACGUCGCGGGCACUCCGAGCAGCAGCCCUGUCAGCAAUGUCGUGCGGACGCAAAGGGGUUCACUCAUGAUCAGUGAAUCUGAAAGGCGUGCAAACCGGCUUCAACCGUUGGCGCCGCCUGUUUCCCCGCGGUCCCAUUUGCACGCAACAACGGCUACCACUCGACCUACUGCAGAGAACAGGUCAGGUGCAGGAGAAGCCGGUGUAGCGACUUCGUUGGGCCCACUCACCGAAGAUCGCCAGGGCGAAGAAGACCUCACGGGCGCAGCUGAGGCGCAGACUACGACUAAAGGUCGAGGCUUCCAGGACUCGGAGGGCUUCGAGCCGAUUUCGCGAAAUGAUGUCUCUCCGCCGCAACACGACGGUGAAGCUCCUGCGGAAGAUGGAAGGAAUACUGGGGGAACUGAAGACCGGUCAGGAUGAAAGCAAGCUAGCUCAAAUGAUGUGUAUCUGUUACGGCUUAAAUAUAGCGAAAUUUUACGAACAAAAAUAGACGAUUUAUGCAAGAAUAAUAUUCCUACUUUUCACUCGUA